AUGAUAAAUGGUUAAUAAUUUCUGUACCUAUUUAUGUUUUGAUUGGUUUUGUUUUGACUGUUGUGUGACAGGUAUCGUAUCAUCACAGCUGCAUUUGUAAACUUAUCUAAACAGUGGACUGCUUUGAUUCCUUUGAUUGCUUUCUUGCGAAUAUAGUGUUAUUGUGUAAUAAUACUCGAAAAGAAUUCUAUUAAUUUAUAUAUUUCAGUAAAGUUAUUAGAAAACCUUCAAUAUAUCGCUCCUAAGGGAACUACUCCGUACACUCAUGGAAGAGAAUGCGGCAGACAGUGACAGCGACCACAAUGAGUCUGAAUCAGAGGAGAUGGCCCUAGUGGGGGUAGAAGACGGUGAAGCGGGGAUGGUGGUAAUGGCUGUGGGAGACGGCGGCGACACGGAGGCCGGUGGGGGCACGGACCCCGACGGGGGAGGUGACGACGAGGAGGUGCAGGAGUUUGACAUCAGCCUGCCAGCAACACACUCGUAUCUGGGUACAGACUUGGAGCAGCUGGGCGGGCGGCGGGUGCUGGAGGCGGGCUGGACGGGCCGUGUGCCUGGCAUGGCACAUCAUGGAACCGUGUUCCCUGGAGAGACUGUUCCCAUGCUGCUGACACCUGAGCCCCUCCGGGACGUGAUUCUUCAGGAGCGGAUGUUCUGUCUGCUCUGUCCAGACGAAUCCGGCAUGGACGUGUCAGGGCUGGGCGUCCUCUGCGAGGUGCUGGCUGGAGCCGCGGCGGCUGGCGUGGUGGCGCGCGCCUCCCACCGCGUGCGGCUGAAGCAGCCACGCAGCCGCCACGGAUACGCCUUUAGGAAUAUGCAGAUGUUGGAAGUAGAGGUGCUGCCGGAGUUGGCGCCGGGCGACCCGCUGAGGCCCUCUCGGCUCGCCUCGCUCGACCCGCUGAGGCGGCCGCAAAAUACGAGGCAAGAGCGAAUCCUGCGGCGUAUGGACGCCGCGACAUCCCCAUGGCCAUCCUUCGUGUGGCAUAUUUUCGACUAUCGCCGUCUGCGCGCUCGCCUCACGGACCACUUUGCCACGCUCAGCCUUGAGGACAAAAUGCCGCUGGACGCCGUGUCGCUGUCGUUCUGGGUGGCGUCCAACCUGACGCUGUCGGCGCGCGACCGCAACGCGCUGUUCGCCGUCGACAACGCGCUGCUGCGGCUGAGCCUCGCCCUACGGUUCAUAGACAAGUCAACAGCAUUAUGCUGCGGCACCUGCGGCGCGGAGCUGUCCCGGCGCUCGCACAUGUUCGCCAUGUCCAGCGACGGCGUGCACGCCAACUACACUAAUUAUGGUGGCUUCAUGCACGACGUGGUAACAGUCCGAACAGCGCACGACACGUUACUGGGCCCUCCCAGCGCGGAGUACUCCUGGUUCCCCGGCUACACGUGGCGCGUGGCGCAGUGCGGCGCCUGCGGCACGCACGUCGGCUGGAGGUUCGACGCGAUGAAGCGCAAGCUCCGGCCGGAGCAGUUCUUCGCGCUGUGCCGCAACGUGGUGAUGCCGCGCGCCGAGCACCACCACGCCGACGACGACGCCGACGCGCUCUGAACACUCACGCCGAU